AUGAAGGUAAAGGUCCAUGUUGGUGCGCCUGAAUCAUGGAUAGCUGCACUUCCCGAGAGCGUCAAGCAUGAGUUCUCAAUGGAGGAGCUCGAGCAGAUGAAGCAACAGUUUACAGAUUUUGAUACAAGUGGCGACGGCAGUAUUGCAGCCUCCGAGCUCAUUGUUCUAAUGGAGUCGAUGGGGAUCAUAACCACUCUUGAAGAGGUACAGGGGCUCAUUGACAAAGUCGAUGAGAAUCGGUCGGGUGAGCUUGAAUAUCCUGAGUUUGUUCGGCUUGUGAGUGAUAUUCGACGCGGAGACGGAAACAAGCUGGCAAUCUUUCUUCAGUACUCCAAACACGUAAUGGCUAUUCGUCGUGAACUCCUCGACUUGAAUACUCAACCCACUCCCAACUCGCAAGUAUUUGGAGUGAAAGAAAAUGCCUGGGAGUGGAAAGUACUCAUUCGAGGAUCUUCAGGCUCUCCAUAUGAAGGUGGAGUCUUUAAAUUCUCCGUUCGGUUCGGACACGAGUACCCGUUUGAGCCUCCAGUAUUCAGCUGUUUAACUCGCAUUUAUCACCCCAAUUUCGUUCCGCUCCUGAAUGGCUCCAUGUCUCUCUACGGCUUACUACGUCGAUGGGAUUCUGAAUGGCGUAUGCGACGUCUUCUUGAAGAAGUCGAAAAUCUAUUCGCUACACCGGACGAAGAACUUAUCGCCGAGUUUGAAGACGAGACCGCAGAGAUGCUGAUGGGAGGUGGAGUCGACACUCGAUCUGCCAUUACGUCAAUCAUCGCAAGCUUCAAAUCCAAAGCUGCACGUCAUCCUCGGGUUAUCGCGCUCGAGUGCAUUGCCACGUACCGAAACGACCGCGACGCUUUCAACCGUGAUGCCCGAAAACUCACUCUUCGAUGCGCAAGAACUGCGGCAACAUAUUAA